AUGCCCGUCAUUGAGGAGAAAUACAACAUUCCACGCGACUUUGAAGGCUUCGGCGAAGAGGGAUUCAAUCCGCAAUGGCCCAACAACGCCCGCAUCGCCGUCUCCUUCGUCCUAAACUAUGUACCUUUUUUUCCCAUUCUUUCUUCCCCUCAGCAAGACGAAGACCUUGACACCCGUGACUUUGAGUAUGGCUCCCGUAGCGCCUCUUGGCGUAUUCUCCGGCUGUUCAAAGAGUUCAAUUGGAAUUUCACGACCUACGCCGUCGCAGUGGCACUGCAGAAGAAUCCCAAGUUCGCCAAGGCGCUCGUUCGCGAGGGCCACGAGAUUGCCGCACACGGGUACAGAUGGCUUGAUAUCUGGGAGUAUACGCCGGAGCAGGAGAGGGAAUAUAUCAACAAGACGCUGAAGGUGCUGAAAGAGGUGAGCGGCGAGAUGCCGGUUGGCGCGUAUUUCGGACGAGGAACGCCGCAGACGCACGCGAAGUUCCCAGAGAUCUGGGAAGAGCUUGGAGAGGAGUUCCUCUGGUCGAGCGAGGUCUAUAACGACGAUGUGCCCUACUGGUUGGACUUGCCAUGGGAGGAAAAGUUGCCGGAGAGUGAGCGGAAGGGGAUGCUGCUGAUCCCGUAUAAUUAUGAUUGCAACGAUGGCAAAUUCCACAUGUCGCCCGGCUUCGGUAGCAGCGUGGCGGAGUCGUACGAACAGUAUCUAAAGAACACGUUUGACAUGCUGUACCGCGAGGGAGGCAAGCUGAUGAACAUCCCAUUGCAUACGCGCAUCAUUGGGAAGCCUGGACGAUGCGAGGCACUGAGAAAGUUCAUGCUGUAUAUUGCUGAGAAGGAAGGGGUCUGGGUUACAACCAGACGCGAUAUUGCAAAGCACAUGCGAGCGAACUUUCCAUAUAGACCGAAUGGGCGGUGGAUAGAGGGAAAUGAUGCGAGCAGUUAG